AUGUCUCUCAUUGAGAAUUGGCUUCCUCCGACGAGAGAGAAUUGGAAGACCAUUCUGAGCGUUUGGCAAAUCUCGUACCCAAUCCUCGGUUCUCUACAGUACCUCAUCUCAUGGUAUGGUAUGGGCAAGACAUCGGUAAAAAGCCGUGUCAACCUGCCCGGCCGCGUUGCGUGGUUCCUCAUGGAGAUCCCAGGCUUCUCCAUCCUACUUUAUGUCAUGAGAACGCUGCCCGGCCUCUCCGGCAUCACGGACCUUCCGUGGCAGAACAAAGUGCUUGCCGGUCUUUUUGUCAUUCACUACUCAUAUCGCGCAGUGAUUUUCCCCUUCAUCCAGCCGUCCAUGUCUCCAAUCCAUCCGCUCGUCGCCAUACUCGCCACGAGCUUCCAGCUCGUCAACGGCACCUGCAUAGGCGCCUACCUGGCGGCGUACGGGCCGACGACUGAGGCGCAGUGGUCCGCCGCCCUCGCGCCGUUUGGCACCGCGCAGUUCGUCGCUGGCAUCGCCGUCUUCUACUGCGGCCUCGUCGGCAACUACUUUCACGAUGAGGAGCUGCGCGAGAUCCGCCGCGUAGAGCAGCGGCGACAUGAACGCGUCGCCCGCGACAAGCAGCAGAACGGAGACGCCCGACCGACUGUCGACAAGCACUACCGUGUGCCCAACACCUUGUUGUUCAGGUACAUGCUGUACCCUCACUAUCUUUGCGAGUGGAUUGAGUGGUUCGGUUUCUGGAUGGCCUCCGGCUGGUCCGUGCCUGCACGUGCUUUCCUCAUCAAUGAGAUUGCCGCCAUGCUUCCGAGAGCCAUCAAGGGACGAAAGUGGUACGCCGAGCAGUUUGGAGAAGACAAGAUUCGGAAGAAGUGGGCAGUUCUUCCGGGGCUCUACUAA